CUGGUACCGUGUUCGCCCGACAAACACCCAGAUAAGCACCAGAACACCCUGCUUUUUCAGACUCCACCAGUCAGUCAAAUUCACAAGUCCCAGAGGCUCAUUCAAAUAUCACACUCGCUUUAUCACCAACUCAGGUAACAAUUGAGCUGCAUUUACUGCACAAGAAUCCUCCAGUCACCGAACUUCAAUCAUUCUACCCGGGUUUAGAUCAUGCAAAGCAAGCUAUUUCCGAUUCUUGUCUUCCUGUUCUGCCAUCAAAGCUUGGUAUUCGGAAGACCGAUGGCAGAUUCAAGAGCUGUCAGUCGAGGAGUCGAUGCCUCACACGCAAGCCUUCCUGAGACUAUAGGCGCGAACUCCGCCAGGAAUCCGUUCGAAGAGAAAGGGGAAAAUCUACUCACCGAAACAAAGGGUGCAAGGCGUCGUCCAAAAUCAUCAGAGUCGAUUCCAACAGAGGAGACACCGCUUCUAGACCGCCCGCAAAAUGAAGAGAGUUCUUCAAAGCCAUCAGGGCCGACUCCAGAGCAAUCCGAACAAGCCAAGGGCAGAAAGACGGCCAGUAUUCUCGUUAGAUUUAAGCAGUGCUUGGCCCGUUGGUACCGAGGGCAUUCGGCGGUGGCCACAAUCAUGCGGGCCUUGGUCGCUUACUUGAAUCCAGCCAAGAUCAAGAACAAAGAAAAAGACGCCAAGGAAGCCAAAGACGUAGCAAAGGCAGAAAAAUCGGCCUCCACAGCUAAAGAGGACGUCAAACUUGCAGCGAAGGUGUCCGAUGAGAAGCCUCCCACAGCAACGAAACCUGAAAGCCCGUCCGUCCAAACUUCAUCGACCGAAACUGCAAAACCCAUCGACCGCUCGGAGACUUCCAAACAUGAUAAUGGCGCCGCCGGCAAGUAACAUCAUCCAGUCCCGGAUCCUGUCCUGCAGCGAAGUCGAGUGGCUCAGCCUACAAUGUACAUCUAGUCUUACACCCAACCGCGGCCGGGACAAUUCGCUUCCUUGAUGGUUCAUUUAGCUUAUAUUUGACUCGUUGUUUCACUAAAUGGCAUCUACUCUUUCUGAAAAUGGCUUACAAGUCCGUCCCAAAAUCGGCAGCCUUUGUCAGUGUUCACACCCAAACGAGCCGUCUCUGAUCGACCAGUCCACGUACAUCGUUCUUCUCGUGUAAUUACCAACCACUUA